CUACACGGUGCAGUAUCCAGCACCACCCAUGGUGAAGUCUGCUGCACUGUUCUGCUCUCAGCCUGUACAGACUGUAGUACGAGACGAGUCCGACUUCCUGUUUAGCGCGUUUUCCGCUGGCAGCACGCCGACUCCGACACCGUGACGUCACUGCGUGUGUUCCCUCUGCGCGCGCGGAGGAAAGCGUUCAUUUCGGAGCUUCCCGGUUGGCUCGUGACGCUCAGGUCGCGAUCAUUACUACUUCACUGGAGAGACAGAUAGCGACAGAGAGAAAGAGAGAGACAGAGGAACGACAGACACCGAGCUCGAGUCUCAUGUCUGUAGCCUGAGUGUCCCGGCCUGACAUGGCAGCUGAGGAGAACGAAUGCUCAAGCCUCCAGCUCUCCAAACAGAGCUCUGGUCCCGUGAGGUCGUGGGAGUUGGAGUCCUUCCUGGCCAAUCGCACACUCAGUUUCGUGUCCCAGCUUGAUGAGCGCUACAUGUGCCCGGCCUGCGGUGGCGCCAUUCUUAACCCCCACCAGACGGGCUGUGGCCACAUCUUCUGUGCCAAGUGCAUUAGAAUGUUCAUUGAGAGCAGCGACACAUCCAAAUGUCCCUUAGAUGGCAUUUUGAUCAAGGCAGAGGAGGUUUUUCAAGACAACUGCUGUAAAAGAGAACUACUAAAUCUUGACGUUUACUGUAGCAACGCUCCAGAUUGUGCACAGACGGUGCCUCUGUGUAAUCUGCAGAAGCACCUAACGCUCUGUCAGUACGAGACUCUGCAAUGCUCCAACCCAGGUUGCACCGACAUCCUGUUACGCAAGAAUUUACCAGACCACCAGCGACGCCUCUGUCCCUUUCGCACAGAAUUCUGUCGCUACUGCACCAAGCCGUACCCUAUUACACAGCUUCCAGACCAUGAAAAUAUGUUGUGCCCCGAAGCUGAAGUUCAGUGUCCCAACAACUGCUCGGAGGUUGUUAAGAGGCAUAAGCUCAAAGGACAUGUAGAUGAGUGUCCGGAAGUGGAGACAGACUGCAUUUAUAAGCAAUACGGCUGCAUAGUCCGAGAUAAAAGAAGCAAAGUGAAAGUCCAUGAAUACACUGAAUUUAGCCACCAUGUGCUUCUUGUACUGGAGAGCAACAGCAAGCUCGCUAAACAGGUAGAUCAGCUGCAGCAGGACUUGGCCUUCCAGGAGAGGGAGCUGAAGGAGAGGAACGUGCUUGUUGCCAGUCUUAACAGAGAGGUGACCAAGUGUGACAAUACAUUUUCUGCCAUCCAGAGGUCAAUGGUGGAGCAGAGGGAGUGUGUCUCCAACGUUAAACAGGAGCUGCAGGAACUUCGCAGUGUUCUAGAUGCUGAGCUGGCUAAAGAGGAGCUGAGUGCCCUCCGAGUUUCACUCGAUUCUCUCAGACAGCAGGUGGCAAUGAUGCAGAGCCUCAGAGAUCACGUGGGAGCUUUAGGGCAGACUUGUCAGCGCCACACUCGACUCCUGGACAUCCACGUGGAGCAGCUGCAGUGCAACGAGCAACGUUUUCGCCAGCUUGAGUCGACGUCGUAUGAUGGAAAGCUCAUCUGGAAGGUUCACGACUACCAGCGCAGAAAAGAUGCCGGUGCUCCUCUCACCUCGCCGCCUUUCUACACCGGCCGCAGCGGCUACAAGCUGAGCGCCCGCGUGUAUCCGGAUGGGGAAGGAAGCGCCCGGGGCACGCACCUCUCUCUCUACGUCAUGGUGAUGAGAGGCGACUUCGACUCGCUGCUGCCGUGGCCGUUCCGCCAGGGCGUCACGCUAACCGUGCUGGACCAGAGCGGCUCACGCAACCACAUCAGCUGCAGCUUCACCCCCGACACCAACAAAGAGAGCUUCCGCAGACCCACGGCCGACAGCAACGCCGCGUUAGGGUUCUCCCGCUUCAUCUCUCACACUGAUCUGGAAGGUCCCCGAAAUGCUGUCUACAUACGAGACGACACACUGUUUAUCAAAGUCAAGGUGGACACAACAGGGUUGGAGGAUUUGUAGUGCAUUCUGGGAAAGUGGAUCUAGUAAAGCUGGCCUUUAUAAGAUUUUUUAAAAAAAAUUUAAAGAUAUGAAUACGUAUAGUCAACUCCAAAUUUAAUGGCACCCUUCAUGACAAUGCACAAAAACGACUACUGCCUGUAAUGAGUGAUAAACGCUGGUUUCAAAAUUAUUGGCGCCCCCACAAUUAAUAUUUAUUGAAUCCUCUCUUGGAGAGUAUGAGGUUUUUUUACUUUCUGUAAUGUCUAACAAGUUUGGAGACACGUGUAAAGGGAACUGGAUCACUCAAUCAUGUACAACAUUUCAAGCUUUUUUAUAUGCUUAGAGUUGCGCAUACAGUUUUUAAUAGGUUUCAAAUCCAGAGACUAUUUUUUAGGCAAUAGAGAUAAGUUAUUGAUUUGUUUCCAUAAUAAUGCAUGUUGAUAUGGGGGUCAUAAUCUUGUUGCUUUGACCUCCUGGCAGAGCCAACCCUGUUUUGGGCUGACAUAUUCUGAUACAUUAGAAUAUUCUGAUGCUGCAGAAUUCAGAGUCACCUGAAACUUUCACACAAGCCACUGCUGUGUUUUACAGUGGGCUACAGUCAGGUGCUUUUUCCUUUUCAUCCUUGUCUCUCUUUGAUGGAUUGCAUGGCCAGAAAUUAGCGUGCAAUUAGCAUGCAAUGCUUCUAAACAAUUUGUUGUUAUGCAGAUGGUGUCUACUAGCAUUUCAAAUAUUACAAUCCCAAAUUUUCCCUAUGAUGACUGAUAUGUAAAAACUCAUUUAUAUGCAGAGGAAACAGGAACUGGUCAAACAUAAUAAAGUUCCUGAAGACAAAGCAAUUUAUAGAUUUUUUUUUAAGUUUUCAUCGCUGUGUGAAAAUAAUUUUAGCCAUGUAUGUUUUUGAGAGAUAUUUUCUUAACAGUAUUUUUAUCGGAGGAAAGUGAAGUACGUUCUCCUGAUUGAGUGAUGAUAUUGACUCAUUGUGUGUUGCGCUAAUUUUAUAAUUAAGGUUUAAUGUUGUCUCUUGAAGGGUGCCUGUAAUUCCAGAGCAGACUAAGUUAUUCUCAGCCACAGAUUGUUUUUUUGUUUGUUUAUUUGUUUUUUAAAUAGUGAAUUUGCCAAGAAAAUGAGGAAAUAACUCAGAUGAGAAGCUGAGACACUGUAGCUGACUGUGGUUUCUAAAAGUCUUUGUAUUUUUAUUUUUAUUUUUAUACGUGGUCAUAACUGUUAUUAAUGGCAUGCUGUGUGAUUUACUCAAAUAAAGAUCUGGCACAUCUUCA